UAUGGCAUACAUCUGAGAAUCGCCUUAGAAUUCUUUAUCGUUGAAGGAUAUCCUACAUGGACAUAUAUACAAGCUGUACCAGCACUGGGUUUGCUUCGUUUGUGACAGUUCAUAUUUGUGCAAUUUGGAACGUUAGUUUUCAAAUCUGGAAGGACAGGUUGUGUCGGAAGUUCUCACCUUGUUUUCUUCAACCGACUUCAUAAGGAUCACAACACGAGAAUGAUCUACCUCCAGACGUUCAGCCUCUUGCUGGCUGCCCUUUGUCUUCACACUGCCUACUCGCAAGACAAAAAGAGCCAUGCUAUCGCCACCACUUCAGGAGACAAGAAGAUAUUCUGCUACUACAGCAGUUCUGCAAACGCUAGGCCGAGCGUGGGGAAGUUCUGGCCUGAGCAUUUAGACCCCUUCCUCUGCACACAUAUUAUCUUUGCCUUCGUUGAUAUCACUGAAGAUGGAAAGGACCUCAAACCCAACAACUGGAACGAUUUGGGGGCUGAUGGUCUGUAUGCACGAACCAUGAAGUUGAAGGAGAAGAACCCGAAACUGAAGAUCCUGCUGGCUGUGGGCGGAUGGAAGAUUGGCUCCAAGCCCUUCAUCCCAAUCAUGGAGAGCGAAGAAAACAUGAAGGCCUGGGUGAAGAACGUCGUGAAAUACCUCAGGAAAUACGGUUUUGAUGGUCUGGACAUGGACUGGGAGUUUCCUGCUUGGAGGGGCAGCAAACCGGAGGAUAAAUAUGGAUUCACCAUCUUGAUGAAGGGACUGUAUGACGCGUUUGCUGAAGACUCUAAGGCAUCUGGGAAGGAAAAGCUGGUCUUGACUCUCGCCACUGCAUCCAGCACAUUCUACAUUGACAAGGCCUACGAGGCAUCUGAAAUAUACAAGUACAUCGACUACAUGUUGUUGAUGACGUACAACUACCACGGGUCCGGCUGGGAGAAGUCCGUGGGUCACCACAGUCCCCUCCUCCCCCACAGAAGCGACCCCGAGGGCGAACAGAGACAGUUGUACCAGCAAUGGUCUAUCAGUUACUGGUUGAAGAUCGGUGUUCCCAAGUCCAAGUUGAUUGUGGGUCUCCCAACAUACGGCCUUGGUUACAAGCUGACUGACGAGAAGAAGCACGGGAUCAGAGCCAGUGCCGAGGGAGGAAACACUAAAGGGAAAUAUACCGGGGAAUCUGGCAUCCUGUCUUUAUACGAGAUCUGUGAGAAGAUCCAGCACGAAAAUUGGAAGGUGGAGUGGAUCCUGGACCAGAGAGUGCCGUACGCUCACGGCAAGGGGGAAUGGGUCGGCUUCGAGUCUCCUGACAGCAUAGCACUGAAGGCUAAGAAUAUCAUCAAGCGCGGUCUUGCUGGUGCCUUCGUGUGGUCAGUGGAGAUGGACGACUUCAGCGGCCACUGCGGUGGUGCUAAGUACCCACUACUCCGUACCAUUCACGACAUCCUCCUGACCGAGCACGGCACCAAGGUGACCAGUGUUGCUGGACACACGGACAAACAACCCGACCCUGGCAACAUUGACUGCAACAAAGUCGGCCUCGGCAUCUACAAAGACGACGCAUCCUGCCUCCACUUCAACCUGUGUGUUCCUGCCGACCCCAAAGGCUUGAGGGCACUCAAGAUGGUGUGUCCCAAGGGCACCAAAUUCGAUGACGAACUCAAAAUCUGCAACCACGCCAACAAGAUUGACUGUUAGCCUAGGACAAAAAACGGCUCCUCAUAUCACAUCAUCUCCUGAUACCCAUGUCUCAUCUGUGUUUGUCAUUGUAAAUAUUCCUGCUCACCAAAGUAUGUAUUGUGAUGCUGUCCACCAUAUCGAAAUGCUUCCAUUCCAGCAUGACCGCUCAUCUCCCAUUAAUUCACAAAUGGCCAUCCUAAGAGACGCUAAUGAUCUUCGUCUGUUUCACAUGCUGCCUGUGAUGUUAAAACCGCCAUUGACGAACAUUCACAUAUUUUGAAGGAAACACUCAACGUUAACAACACAUUUCAAACAAAAGAACACACAUAAUUCCAAUUAACUGUGUAUGUGUAAAAUAUCAUUUAUGUCAUACAAAUUAUCAAUCACUUCAAGUUGAAUUGAUAUCCAAACUUUCCAAAAUGAAUUGUAACCAAGAUGGUUUACGUUAGCGAAACAUUCCCAGUACGAAGAUCGUUAAUGCUUCUCCAGGAGACCAUGAUUUCCUCACUCAGUCAUAAUAUAGAUCCGUGUCAGCUGGGGUGGGAGCCACGCCGAUGUACGAGAUGAAGCAGAGGGGUGCAGGGAUCCCCACGUAGAGGAUUGGUAGUAGAAGGUAGACGAUUUACUUCAGGACCUAAUGCAUGAACAAAAUCCCAGGACGUAUAGUAAAGAAAUUGGUACUGUAGAAGCUUAUUUCGUUAGCGCUCUAUAUGAAUUCUGUAAAUGUUAAAUAUGUAUUCACGCCCAGAAGCCGUGCACUAUGCAGAGCUGCUUUAGUGUGAUAGGUUACAGUUAAUCUUGAGGCCCAAAACUUCAACAGUUGCAUUUCUUCCGCCGACCACCGUCUGGCGAUAGAUUCAAAAUCUCGGUCUCAUAUACAUUUCAUUCAACACGACUCUCGACACAAACAUUUCAUGGCAUCAUUAGACACUGUAUGCCUUCGUCUUAUAUAAGUUAUAAUAUAUUACUCCAAAGUCUCAUGAUCUCUUUGAAAUAUACAAGGAUGCUGUAGAAUGUAUGGCUCCUUUAAAUGGCACAAGGCAAUUGCUAGACUCAUCACGUAGCUUAUGUAUAAUACACACGUACUUACGCUUACCCAGGACAUGUACAUUCACCCAUGCUUUCGCACCUGCCCCAGGCGCCAGAACUAUCACUCUGAAUACUGUGUAUUGAUCAUCGCACGCACGAUUGGUUAGAUGUGUAUAUACUUGACACUGACAUCAAACACUGAUACUUGACACUGACAUCAAACACUGAUACUUGACACUGACAUCAAACACUGAUACUUGACACUGACAUCAAACACUGAUACUUGACACUGACAUCAAACACUGAUAUUCUGUAACUCCGUGGAGAACAUGAUCGUCAAUGUACGCGUGUGACGAGACCCGACUGAAGUAGGGUUGUCUGACCUCCUGUGACGUAUAACGGCUUUCAACCUGUAUCAUAAUUAUGAAUAAAAUGUGUUUUUGUGAUGUU